AUGGGGCUCCAGAGGUUCCUCACGACCUCGCGCUUAAAAAGUGUAUCGCCCACUCGUCCAUGCAAAUCAGUCUCCGCGAGUGAGGGGAAGGGCUUACUAACUGUGUUUCGAUUCUCGAAACCUCGGGAAGUGCCUGGGAGCUCCGGGCAAGCCCGAGGAGACGCGGGGGCGGAGCCGCGAGGUUGCGUCCAACUCGUGCGCACGAGCCGCUCCGGGCGGCCGGGAGCGCGGCGUGGGCCAGCGCGCGUCACCGAGCGGACGCCCCGGCGGGUCGGGCGGCUGGGCGGGCGAGCGGCCAAUAGCCGAGGACGGCGCGGGCCCGGGGUGCGGCGCGGAGAGCGCGCCGCCGCUGUGUCGUGCGAAGAGCUGCUGCGCGCGCCCGGACGCACCGCGGCGCGUUCUCCCGCGGACAGAGGAAGCGAAGCGCGUUCGUCCCAAGCUAAGGACUUGUCAAGGAGGUCAGCAUACUCAGAAGUGACACAGGUGCCUUUUACACUGCUAAGCACUGGAAAUACCUGCAAGGUAUCUGUGAUGGCUGUGGAUCAUGACCAGAAGACAUCAUUUCCCUUCGUCCUUUCUGCAGCUUUCCAAAAGAUUCAUGUCAAUAUCCAAAGCUGCUUUGAGAUCAAAGAGAUUCCUGUGUGAGAAGGAGGUCCACGGAGUACAGGGUGAACAGGCAGCUGAUGCCAAACAGGCAGGGGAGUCUGAUUGUGGAGACCAACUUUCAAGUCACCAAAAAUAUCAGCUGACUUACAGAAGUAGGAAUCACAGAAUUGUAGAGCUUGGAAACCCAAUGGUACAUAAGAGAAAACCUAAUCUGACAUCUUUAUCUCAUAAUUAAUUUUAUUGAAGGAGAGAAAGCAUCCCAAGGCCAUAAAGCCAACUGCAAAAAAAAAAAAAAAAAAAAAGUUAAAAUAAUCACAAAUAAUGCUACCAGAAAUCCUGAGAGUCUUAGCCCAAACCAUGAUUUUCCAGAAUAAAAAUUAAGUGACACAUUCAUCAUUAAGCACCCACAUGUAGGUGGGGAAGAGCUUCAAGACACUGUGGAGGAAGAAAACCAAGAGUGAAGAGUCCUUUGCAAAAAAGUGGAAAUUAGUUUUAUCAUCUUACUCCAUUUACUUAUGUCUACAAACUCUUAAGAAUGAAUUAGAGAAACAUUUGCUGAAAAAGUGAAAAACUCCUUUGGACUAGGACAUCUUUUGUUAUGUUUAGGAACAGCUUUGACCAAAGUUUGAUUUCCAUGGUGACUUCCAAGAAGUUAGAUUCAACAGGGGACCUACAAAGAGAUGACUCUGAUCAUAAGAAGAGAAGCACUAAUACAGGAUCCUGUAUGAAAAGACUGGGAGGACACAAAGGAGAAAUUUUGCCCACUCUGCACUCUGGCCCAUGAUGUGAUAUCCAGCACUAACUGUGGUACCAUCCUGGCUUAAUCACAAGACUUAUAAGGUUGAAACCAUGAUUCUAAAAUAGACCUUAUAUAAGCAAAUCUACUAUAGAAUUUGGGUCUACAAAGGAGGAUAAAUAUAGUAAUACAGUGUAAAGCUGCAAGUUAAUACACACACACUAGCAAAUAAUGUCCCCAGAAUUAACUCAAAAUUUUACUGAAGGAAACUUAAGUUGUCGUAUUUAUCAGUACAAUGAGUAAAUGUUUGCCUUCUUUGUCAAUAGGUAGUAAAGGUACUUAAAUAGUAUAGGUACCUGUUUACUUAUUAGGCUGGUGUUGAUUCCCUUGUUGCUCUGGGAGAUGGUUAAAGUUGAUUUCACACUCUAGCCAAAAGGCUUCAUAUCUCUACUUUGGGAGGAGCGGAUGGCUUCUAUUGCUGAAAGCCAAGGUGUUCUCUAUGUGAUCAGGCCCUGCCUGUGUGUUUGUUUAAAGCAUUUCUAGCAGUGUUGGUGUUACUCUAAGUAACCAGGAAUUGUUUUCUUUUUUGGAUAUCGUAACACAUUUACACUGGCAUUCAUGACAGUAUUCAGGAGGAAGAAAUGAUAAUAUGAGAUUAGCAGCUAGGUGAUUUGCUAUGUAUCCUAGGUGGACUAUUGACUAUUUCCUGAACAUACAAGCUCUUUCAUGCCUAUGUUAAUUGCACACUCCAUCUUAGCUGCUUAGAAUACCCUUUCUUUCCCAACAGUGCAUUCCUAGCCACCCUGAAGACUCAAUUUUCUUUAUCUUUUGUAUUAGAGAAUACUAUAUGUAUAGCAUUACAGAUUGCUUUUCUCAUCUAACAAUACAUUUAGGAGACUCUAUACUCCAUCAUUCUAUAUCAGCAUAUAUAGAUGUAUUUUUAAUAAUCCACUGCCAGUUUCUCUUGGGUCACAUAACAUAAUCUGUUUAACCAACCACUUACUGAAGGAUAUUAGUUGUGUCUGCUGUGUGAAAUUACACAAAAGGCUUCAAAGAUCCUGAUUUUGUAUGUAUGUAUCUUUGAAUGCAUGUGAGCAUAUAGCUAGAAAUUACUGGGUUAAAGAGCAUAUUUAUUUUAAAUUAAAAGAAUGCGUCUUUUAUAGUUAUCCCUGUUAAACUUCACUUUGUUUGUCUCGACCAUUCUGCCAGCUGGUUUUGAGUGGUUCACUGCAUUAAACCACCCCUCUCCCCAGCCUUGUGCUUAUGCCCUUCCAUAAAGUACAGCAUUGUCUUCUUAGUCCAAGUUUCUGGUCACAGUGUGCAGUGUGUGCAUUGACCAGGGCCUGUCUGCCCAUCCUGACAAUAUCCCAUGGGGCCUCUUAGUCCUGGGCUUGUUACAGAGGCUCAGUUUCCUAUGUCUGAGCUCUGAAACAUGCUUAGAAGAACUCUCCUGCAAAGACACUGUAAACGGGGACGUUUCUGCCAUAUUUAAAUGAGUGUUGCUCACCCACCUCACACCACUCAUCCUGCCUUCUCGUAGUUGUUUUUGUCAGCUGUAUAAUCAAUCCUGGUGACUCAUAUCUUAACUACUGAGGGAAAGAAGAUGAAGGAAAAGCUCAGAGAAACAGGUUCCUGAUUUAGCAUAUAAAAUCUACUGACUAAAUGAACAGAAGUUCCGGGUUUGUUUUCCAUCAACUAAUAUACUUAAAUGUUACAAAAUCAUCUGAUUUAUCAGAUACAUUCACAGAAAGUUUCUUUUUUUUCUUCUUUCCUUUAAAAUGGUAAAUUUGGCUCCAUAGCUCAGGGGUUAGAGCACUGGUCUUGUAAAAUAGUAAAUUUAAUUAUUGAAAAACAAACCCGACCACUGGUUGACCUAACUCAAUCCCCAUUGCCCUUCGUUUCAUUUCUUAUUAUGCUCAUCUUAUUUUCAUCUGCAGAUGACUAAAAUUUAUUCAAAUUCCUUAGCCUAUCCAUCCAGAUCUUUUCCCCAGAUCUUUUUAAUCAUGAACACUGCCUACACAUACCCACAGAACUAUGUCUCAGGGCAUGAGAUGUCCACACUCCUCUUCAGAGGACAAAAGGGCGGGGUAGGCAGGAAGGGAUAGACUUCUUUCAAAUCACAGCAUGUCUAGACUUAUACCCAAAUACAUUGGUUCAUGAUAAAGUAGUAAGUAGGACUUUUGUGGAAAAAUAUAUGGUAGAGAAAACAACACAGAAGCUUACAUCCUUUGAAAAUUGGACAUAGCAUAGGGUUUAGGAAUUGUCUAGCCACAGGUUGUUUACAUGUGGUCUGAGCAUUUUCUUAAUGUGAUCCUGUACUUAACUGUAUAUAGGUUCAGCCAGAAAAGAGAAAGAUGAACAUCAAAGUUGUUGCAAUGCCAGAAGAAAAUUACAGGGUGUUUCCAUGUUUGAAAGAUCACUAGUUUUCACUAUUCGUUUAGGGCAAUGAAUUAUCCAUAAAUAAAAACCUUAAAGACCUCUGACCAAAAACAUAUACUGUGUUUACAGAAAGUACAAGUUUAAUGAGUAGGAGCUCCUAUCACAAAAGAUCAAGUGUACUCAAUUAGGAAAAAAGAAUUAGAGGAACUAAAGACAUUGAAGUAGUUUUGGAAACAUUCUGCCAACACAUUCUAGAGGUGUUUUCUUUUUUUCCCCAAUAUUGAUUUAUUACUAUUACAAAAUAAAACACUAAAAAGGUUUUAAUAACUAAUUUUAUUUAGAAAUAUUUGUGGGGUGCCUGGCUGAGUCAGUUGAUAGAGCAUGCAACUCUUGAUCUUGGGGCUGAAGGUUCGAACCCCAUGUUGGGUGCAGAGAUUAUUUAAAAAGGUUUGUAACUAAUAAUGACUUCCACUUAUUGCUUGCUUACUCUGUGCCAGGAACCAUACUUAUAAGUUUACAUGCAUCAUCCCAUAUGAACCUCACAACAGUCCUGUUUAUUGGUCAGCACAGGUUCUGUAGCUAUGACAAAUAAACCCAUAUAUCUCAACACAAUUAACAACAUGCAAGUUUAUUCUGAUGAAAUUCGGGUCAGGUAACUUUCAAGGGUGGAUCUUCUCCUUCCAGAUCACUUCAACAGGGAACAGUUAAAGAUUGCACAAUAGCAAGAAAAUUCUUUGGACUAGAAGUGACAUAGAUCACUCACUUUUUUUCACACCUCAUUGGCCAGAAUGAAGUCAUAUGUCCAGACAUAGCUGCAAAGGAGCUUGGAAAUGUAAAGAAGUACAUGAAUAUUUUGUAAGCAGUAAGUGUCUUUCAUAUUCUAUAAAGUAGACAUUAUCUCCAUCUCAUAGAUGAAGAAAGUGAAGCAUUUCCAUACAUUCUAAGCUAAGGGAAGUAAAUCUGGAAUUCAAACCCUAAACUCCAACCAGCUGCUCAGCUCUGGGAGCCAUUUUUGUUUUGCAAAUGGUGAUACAAUGCCUUAUUCAUCUUUUUAUAAAUUCUAUAUACUGACAAAUCAGUAAAUGAAUUGAAUAUAGAUAUAAUAUGGCUUUUCCAUGAAUUAAGUCAUGUAAUUAUUUCUUAACUCCUUAAUUACAUUAUAAUUGACAGAGUCCCAUACUUGUUAUCUCUACAAUCCGAGAACACAGAACUCACAAUGAAAGUUCAUUAAAUAUGUGUUAGUUGACUGAAACCCAUUUUUAGCUUCCCAUUAGUACUUUCAGUUUUGGCUUGAUAUUUGCAUUUUUACCUUGUGAUAGCAGAAGAAUAAAUAAAGACAAAGUCCUUUCAAGAAAAAAAAGAGAUUUAUUUAUUUUCAUUUUUCUUGGCUUGCUUGAUUUUUAAUUCAGAUAAAACAGCAAUUUAAAAAUUACUAAAAGCUGACACAUACCAUAGAGUAGCAGAAAAGGAAACAUUGCUUCCAGUCAGUCAUCAUGAUUUGGCUAUUGUAUUCUUUUUAACACAUUAUUUUCUAUUUCUAGGAUAGUUAUGAUUUUACAUGAGUUUUUACCAAAUUUCUUUCUCUGCCUUUCCAUAUUUUUAAAAAUUUUCUAGGGGCGCCUGGGUGGCGCAGUCGGUUGAGCGUCCGACUUCAGCCAGGUCACAAUCUCG